GUUCCCAUAGAUCUGUUGCUGCGUGUAUGGACGCUUUCCUAGAGUAAGCAAAAUAAAAUCUUCAUUCACUCAUAAAUCGCCAUUCUCAUUCCACCCAAUCCUUUCAGGUCGCCAGAAUAGCAAUCAAACCAUUUGCUCAUCGUCAAGUUUCGUUUCGCGCCAGAUCUUUCAAUCUCUGAUUUACAAAUCAUCGUCGUCAUCGUCAUAGAUGUUGGGGUCAUAGAUACCCUGGAAGAAAGUUGCCGACUUUUCGGCAACUGCCUUGACAAUUGCCGAGCGAUGGGAGCUGAUGCCACGAUUCUUGAGCCAGUGCCAGAAUUUUUCCAUGUGUUCAAUGGAGUCGAUUUCGAUUUCGUCUUCGCUGUGUCCGGGGCCCUUGAGCAUCAAAAACUUUCCAAAUAAUUGGUACGUGUUGGUAAUUCGGUCCUCGACGAUUUCAGCCUCUCGAAGCUUCUUGAUGGUGGCUGGCCCAAUCCCCGGAACCGAGUUCAGGUCAGCGACAGUGGGAGUGGUUCUCCACGUCUCCAUGGUGUCAUCCGACACCUUGGAUUUCUUUGGAUCAUAUCCGUCAGCCUAGUAUAAAAACACGCCAAACGCCCAAUAGUCGAUGGUGAGGAAAUCGUUUUUCAACUUUUUCAUUUUGAUUGAUUCGUGACGAUACAUUCAUUCGUAGCCGUAAGAAACACGACCAAUUCAGGUUUGUUCGUCCGUUGUGUUCUGCGUGAAGAAUGACAAAAUUCCUUCAUUUCAAAUUUAAUUCAGAUAACAAUCAAAACUUACCAUUGUUCUAUUAUGAAGUAGUACGAUUUAGUUGGCAGUGAUGGACUUUUGGGGUUAUUGGGGUCUUUGGUUUUAAGUCGAAGCUAACUGGUUCUGCAGCUGUGAGCCCUGGGUUUGGAAAAGAAGAGCCAGGAAAAAACAGAGGACCGUUGUUUCAAUUGUCUGCGCGUGGUUUUUUGAAAUUUGAAAUCCAGAUUUUAGAUUUUGAUAUGCUCUUAUGUAUCAUAUGUGAGUUACAUAUCUACGAUAUACCUGUGCAUUGCUCAUACCGCAUACCUUAUUUACAGAAUUAUUUACAGAAUUGUUAAUUGUUAAUUGUUAAAAAAUCCGUGAUUUCAAAUUUCGAAUGUAGUAGAAAGUGGAACAAAAAUUACGUCAAUUGGAUUUGAGAACAUAUAAUGUCCAUUGAACAUCCAUGGAUAGGUUUGUUCCUCGCCCGACCAAAACCUUGAUAUCGGCACCGGUAAUGCUACCACACCGCUGACUUCUCAUUGAUUUGCUAGCAUGAAAGUUUUCGAAAAUCACCACCGACGACUUUCUUCGAUCCUCCUCCUCCUUUGGAUUCUGCGAUCCUUCGCACUGUCCACAGCAUCCGAUAACGAGGAUAUUGCUCCCUCGCUGUCCCCGAUUUUUCUAACAAAGAUCAACUAUGACCGCUUGACAGCAGGAAAAACGGUCUUUAUCAAAUGGGCGGCACCGUGGUGUGGUCACAGCCAGGAACUCGCACCAGCAUGGGAUCGAUUGGUAGAGAGGGCGAAUGAUAGCAGGAACAGUUUCCACCCCGUUUUGAUUGCCGAGGUGGAUUGCUCCCAAGAACAGGAAUGGUGCAUCGAAAUGGGAUACACUGCUUAUCCGACUCUCACAUACGGGGAUGGAAGUGUUGGAGGAAUAUUCUUGAAGAGAUAUACCAGCGUCAACAAGGAAUUUGAAGAUUUGUACCAAUUCUACGAGGACAAACUCUUGGGAAAGUCCUUCUGUACGCCCGGUAAUCUAGCUGCCUGUGGUGACAGCGAGAAUCAGGACCGUAUCAGACAAUACUCGAAACUAUCAAUCGACGAGCUUGAAGACUUGGUAGCUUCUGAGGAAAGAAGAAUUCACGAAGCAGAGAAGGAUUUCGAACUACGGAAAACGGAACUACAAGCAGAAUAUGACAAUAUAUCGAAGGAUCACGAACUUGAAACGGCAAACAUCAAACGCCAACUGAGAGUGCUUACGAACCUGCUAAAGAAAGCGCAAAAAAAGCCCACUAGUGAUGCAUAACUUGCAAUGCGAUGUUCGAAGGUAUGCAGACGAAGUUAACGGUGGCGACGCAAUGUCAUCCUUUCCUUUUCAGUUGAAAAGAUUUUCGUGGCAAUUCAAUCGGAUCUUUCCGAUGACUCACGUGACGCGAUGCAGCUAAUCAACUUCCAGUUGGCCGAGUUCAAUAUGAAGCGGUGGAAAAUCGAGGAAUCAACUGCGCACUUUGAUCAUCAAGUUUUGUAUUAUUCUUCAUCUAUUUUAUGGUUUUCUCCGAGAAAGUAUGAUGGAAUAUCAUACUGUGAAACUUACAAUAGCUUUGUUCACUUAUGGUUACUACAGACCAUUCAGUUUGGAGUAUUCAUUUGUUGGCUGUUGGCUGUCGUUGUUGGUUGGGAUGUGGGAAAUGCAACAGUCAAACUGAAAAAUGCGCCAAACUUUCUUGCUUAUUUGAACCUUAACCUUAGUGAUUUCUAGAAGAACGUACGUGUUGAUCACGCGUAAAACUUCAGUUGUCGCUAGGUCAGAGCUGAGCACGAUUGCAACGAUACGUCGGGAAAGACGAUUUGUGUUCUGUCAACGUUUGUUUCACAGGAGCAAUACUUUAGAGCAUCGAAACAUAGCAGCAAGUUAUAACAACAACCUCAAGUUUUAACACCGUCUAAAAUUGCGAUGCAUUUGAAGUUGAACGCCGGAAUUGCCUUGUUGCUGUUAGCAAAUUCUAAAUUUGCUUCCGCUUUCGUCAACGGCGGUGGAAGAUCGAUCAGACCCGCGCAUUUCCUGCAAGCAACGACAGAAUCCAAAGCCUCUUCAGCUGCCGCUGUCGAAGAAAAGAAUGAGGGGAUUGCACAAAACGGCGAUCACUCGUUCGACGACAUUCUCCGAUCAAGGCGAACUGUGAAUAGCUUCGUUCCAAUUCUUCCCAAAGACUGGGAAGAGGCCCUUGAGAACGCCAUUCAGUCGGCAAUUUAUGCCCCUAAUCACAAACGAACCGAACCAUGGGGCUUCCAUUUGCUGGGUCCCGAGACCAUUCGAAAAGUAUGCGAACUCAAUGCAUCCAUCGUGACGAAAAAGAAGGGAGAAAAAGCAGGACAAGCGAAACUCGAACGAUGGCUCGAGAUGCCGGGUUGGCUGGUAGUCACUUGCAAAACAGAAGGUGGCACCGGCGAUAUGACAGAUCCAUCCGGUAUCGACAGAGAAGAUUACGCCGCGGUCUGCUGCGCCGUUCAGAACCUGUGCCUGUCCUUGCACAAUGCGGGUAUGGGUACUAAAUGGACCACGGGCCCGGUGAAUUUUGAUACGAAAUUUAACGAGAUUGUUGGGUUGGAACAAGAUGAAUACGUCGUAGGUACAAUAUGGUUCGGAACGGCCGAGACAGAUCCGAAAGCUCCAGCGAAGAAGAAGACAAUCGAUGAUGUGCUCAGGAAAACAAAUUGACGUGUUUGUCAAAGGAUGCCUUUGUUUCGCUGAUGAUUGACUACACCCUAGGUUCAAUAUCCUUCGUCGAACCCUGAUACGUACCUUGAUAUGUAGCAUGGCGAUUUUCUAAUAAUAUGUUUCAACAAAA